AUGACCACGGGCGUCGAGCAGCGCACGCUGACCGGCCACUCCAGCUCAGUCUACUCGAUCUACUUGGUGGCCUUCUCACCGGACGGCCGCAUGCUGGCGUCGGCCUCAGCUGACCAGACUAUCAAAAUCUGGAAUACAGCUACAGAUAUUGAGUACUCGGUCUACUCGGUGGCCUUCUUACCGGACGGAUGUAUGCUGGCGUCUGUCUCAGGGGACCAGACCAUCAAGCUCUGGGACACGGCCACAGGCGUCGAGCAGUGCACGCUGACCGGCCACUCCGACCUGGUCAACUCGGUGGCCUUCUCACCGGACGGCCGCACGCUGACCGGCUAUUCCAGUGAGUUUGAGUCGCUGAAGGGCCUGGGAUCUGGAACGCAGUUUGCCACGUAA